AUGCGGAAAAAGGGAGUGGCGUUUGAAGACUAUGUGCAAACAAUUAGUAACAAAAGAUUCAAAGCCAGUUGGACCAAACUGCUUCGAAUUUUCCAACCAAUAAAAGCGCCGAAAACCCUCUUAAAUAAUCCGCAGCAAGGCCCUAAGUUCUGCAUUCCACGCAAAAAACCGAAGCAACUAGAAUCAGAAACCGAAUCUAAGAGCUUUGUUAUCCAGACGGCCGAUCUAAAAUAUACCAAGCCUAGAGAAAUUGACUAUCUCAAGUCGACGCUGGUGAACUGCUGCCAGCAGUACUUAAGAAAGGCUGCAACAAACAAAGAUCCCUUAACAAAGGCUCAUCUGGAUAGCCUAAUGGAAGUCCGAAGAAAUGAAAACAUCGUGCUGGCCAGACCAGACGAAGGGUCCGGAAUAGUACUGAUGAAUAAGAAUGAUUAUGUCGCGAAACUAGAAGCUAUCCCAGCAGAUCGUACAAAGUUCUCAAAAUCCGAGAGUGACAAAGAUCGGACAGAGGCUGUCGAGGGUCAUGUAACUAAAAUUCUCAAAGACCUCCACAAAGAUGGUCUUUUGUCUGACAAAGAGCUUGAAAGAUAG